AUUGAGAACAAACAUUGAUGACAAGGCUACUUCGAAUUGAAACUUUUGAUAUGUGCAAUCACGUCUUCAUUUAGGAACUUUCAGCCAAGUCUGCAUUUUCUGUCAAGAACCAAUUUGUAUAUAAAUUUCAAAUACAUGUUCUAUAUACGUGCUACUUUAAUCACGAGACUGGAAAGGACUUAAAUGCAUAAAGAAACUAAAAUGAAAAAAAUAUUAAAGGUGUUAAUUUGUGCCGUAUUUUCGGAUAUGUUAUUUGCAAAGGCGAACGCAGUGACCGUUUCAAUAAAUCUCUCGAAACAUCAGAUGACAAAUGUGACCUGCGUAAUGUACCCGUCUUCAGAACGCAUAGACAAUCCACUGAAGUCGUUUAAAGUUGUGUCCGAUAUGCGAUGUGCAGCUAGCUGUUUCGCAAAACCAGACGAAUGUCACUCGUUCAAUAUUCGGCGAAUAGAAGGAGAGAAACAUAUGAAAGUUUGUGAAUUGAAUGGACCAAGCGCUACUCAGGAUCCGCCAGGAAAUACAACGGAAGAUGUUGAUCACUAUGCAAGAUAUGGGGAUUGGACACCUGAAUCCUUAGAAUGUAAAUUUGAUGCGGUGGGCAUGUGGUACUCUGGAAAGCUAUCCGUUACUAAGUCUGGAAGAACAUGUCAGAGAUGGGACGCGCAGUAUCCCCAUCAACACACUUGGAAUAACAUCCUACAUUUCCCAGAAGACACCUUGGCGGAAGCUAGCAACUAUUGUCGCAAUCCUGACGAAAUGUCGGACGGUCCGUGGUGCUACACCACAGACAGUAAUAGCAGAUGGGAAUUCUGUGAUGUAAAGUUGUGUAGCAAAUGGUUUUAGUAGUGUUUUACACACGAGUGACUGAGAGACUCCCUCACAGAAUGUUGUUUGAGAAAAAUACCACUACGAGCAUAAUUAUAUAAUUUCUUAACGCGUUCAACACAGGAAAAAUCGGAGAUGA